GCACAUACGUCAGAAAUUUGCCAAACAAAGCCCAAAAUAAUUUCGUCAUUAAUAAUUCAUCUCUGGCGAAUCAAAUUUCCAUUUUAAAACAACUCGAAGCGGACGAGACAACAACAGAUUUGAGAUCGUAUUUCUCGCAGACAAACUCGCGUUUAUUGAUUACUUUCGAUGUAAUUUGUUAGUGGUAAAACGUGGCAGGCAUUUGGAGAUAAAGUUUGACAGUAUGUGUAAUAAUUUCUUGUAUUAUCCUUCAAAGUUAGUUACUUGUAAGAGGAUUUAUUAUGAUAUAUACUAUUAGGAUGUAAUGUUAUCGUUUAAAACAUUUAUUGCUCGGCAUAGCGAACUUGUUGUAAUGUAGUGCAAGACAGCAUGGUUUGUAAAUCAGAUAAUUUCAAUUAUAGUUCUUGAGCAACAAAAACACUUCACUCUUAAGUACUGUUAAGGAAUUUCACAAACACCAACACCAACACCAUGACGCUACGUAGCACGAUUUUAUAAUCCACAUACAUUGGGUUUCAGGCCCCCUACCUUCAGCUGAGCUACCUUAUUGAUGUGUUGAAGUAAGCGAUACAGAACAGCAAAAUAAUGGUGGUCAAUUUCAGAUUGUUGACACUCCUAGAGAAGCAAACAAAUAUCAAAUUGCAUCUCUCGAUAUUAUUUAUUUUAUACUAUACUUUCAAAUGCAAGACUACUGCAAUACUGCAUAGAAUGAAAAGAAAUCACCAGUCUGGUAACUGCAACUUUGACCAGCAUCUACUACAUGAUGGUGCUUUUAUAAUAUUGUGAAACACACACACAUGAAUACAUGAUGAGACCAUGAAACUGGAUGUUUACACACACAGUGUCACGUUUCCCAAAUGACGUCAGACGUUUAUUGUUCCUUCCCAUAUAUCGGUUCAAAGUCCACAAUAUUUGGUCUUUGAUUCAUGGUUAGUAUACAGACAGUUAGCCGAGCGUAAAGGAAGAGCAGUAAUCCGAUUGUUUUAAAGCUUUUAUCUGGAAAUUAUCGUGAAUUAUAUCUUUGUAGCAUUAACAUUUUAAAAGGUGGGUACACUUUGUAAAUUGUAAUGUUUAUUAGCCAAUUACACAACUCUGAUAUGAAUCACAAAUCAAAUAUAGAUAGUGAACUAAUAUAUAAUCUGAACUAAUGUGUUAUAACUUAUAAUCUUACUUAUUCAGUAUUAUUCUAUGCGCAAGACAUCUUUUUAAAAAAUAUUCGUCUUUCACAGUACAUGUGUAGCUGAAGCAGCUUGUUUACGACAUUAAUUAACUAAUUUAACCAAUUAUAAUACUAAUUAGAAUAGUUUUCGCUUAUACCACGUGAGAAGUAAACAAAUUGCGCUAUAUUACAAGUUCGUUAUGAGAAAUAUGAUAGUAUUUAUUGAAAAUUGUGUUCUUUUUAGGAAAAAUCAUCAGAAGAUUAAACUUACAAUCAAACUGACUGGUAGGCAAUGCGAAACAGUCCAGUGAUGGAUUUUGAUAGAUCUACGAAGUUUUCAUCUGCCGAAAAUUUGACGACCAAUCAGAAAAAUUCCUUGUAUUCUCCUGAGGGAUGUGAUUUAGACACUAACGAUGACAUCUACACAACGGAACCAAUGCCAUUCAUUCAGAGCGUUGGCAAUGGGAAGCUUGUAGUUAAUCCCCGUGCACGUGACAUGUUGAGCCGCAUUGAAAAACCUCUGGUGGUUAUAAGUAUUGCAGGCCUAUAUAGAACAGGUAUUGUUUAUUCAGUUUCUCAUUCAAUGGUGAGCGGAUUUCCCAACAGGCAAUAGAUAGGGGAUCCGAGAUACCUACGAUUUUAACGUCCUUAUUUGAGAAGACGCAAAAGUCUAACCAUUGGACAACUUGCAUGUUAGACUAAAUUUUAAUCUAAGUGAAGACAAGGGAAUCAAACACAACAGUUAAAAAGAACAUAAUGAAAUUAGUAAAAUUGCAAAAUUUGGUGGCGAAAUGUUGUAAAACACAGAAAAUAUAGCCUUGCGAAGUUUACUCAUUUUCAGUAUAUUUGUAUUACGUGCGGAAAUUGUUACCAUUUUCAGCUCAAAAAUGGUAGCAAUUUCCGCACGUAAUACAAACAUACUGAAAAUAUGCAAACUUCGCAAGGCUAUAUUGUCUUUUACUGAUGUCAAUUGAAGGUAGCACUUUCUCCUCAAUUAUUUCAAGAUCUUGAGUAGAGGUCCGACCAAGAAUUGAACCCAGCUCUCCCAGCUUAAAAGGCGUUGGCGUAUAUAAUUUCAAAGUAUUGAACACCCCCUCCGACGGCUCUGUUCAGUAGCGUAGCCAACCCGACGAUUUUGUCCCGCUAUGCAAAUAUUUUGGUUUUCUUUGACUGUGAAAAUAAUCAAUUUCUAUAAGAAAUGAAUAAUGAUGUUUGUGAUGUUACUCUGAGUGUGUAUCCACACCGGACAAGCUUGAAAAAUAUGCCUGACCACGGUGGGAAUCGAACCUACGACCUCUGGAAUACUAGCCCAAUGCUCUGCCAACUGAGCUACGCGGUCUGGUCAGUUCGAGUAUGUGAUAUUUCGGCACAGAAUCUAGUUCCUUCGAACCGACCAGACCGCGUAGCUCAGUUGGCAGAGCAUUGUGUUAGUAUUACAAAGGUUGUAGGUUCGAUUCCCAUCGUGGUCAGGCAUAUUUUUCAAGCUUGCCCGGUGUGGAUAUACACUUAGAGUAACAUCACAAGCAUCAUAUUCACCUGAGCACAUUACGCCAACACAAAAAAAAUCAGAAAUGAAUAAUGAUAAUAAUUUUGAAUUUGCAUAGCGGGACUAAAUUGUCGGGCUGGCUAGGCCACUGCCUUCGUUUGGGCACCAUUUUAAUACGGAAAUUUUUAACACCUCGACAUAAUGUGCUUUCGUUUAAGAAACCUCUGUAGCCGGCGGUGACCACCAACUGUUGUACGAUAGUGCUGAACGAAAUCCACUUAUUUAAUAAUUUUUUUCAUUCUGCAGGUAAAUCGUUUCUCAUGAAUCGUCUGUUUGGCCAGCCAGGGUUUUCAAUUGGAGGUUCGACCGAGGCGAAUACGAAAGGGAUCUGGGUAUGGUGUAGGGAUCACCCGUGGAAUGAGGAACAAUGCUUGGUAGUCUUGGAUAGCGAGGGAUUGGGAGAUACAGAGAAGGAAGACGGGAUCAAUCAAGAUGUCCACGUGUUUGCCUUAGCGGUCCUGCUUAGCAGCUGUGUGGUAUAUAAUAGCUGGAAUGCGAUAGAUGAGAGCGCAAUUCAAAAUUUAAGGUAAUACACAGAUUGCCCACAUGUAGCCCACAUUCAAGAACAUGUACUACCUCUGCAUAACCUAACCAUACUUAACUCAGCAGUGAGUUCUGUACAACAUCAGAUCACUUUACGGUAGCUCACAUUCAAGAACAUGUAAUACCUCUGCAUGAUCUAACCAUACUUAACUCAGCAGUGAGUUCUGUACAACAUUAGAUCACUUUAAGGUAGCUCACAUUCAAGAACAUGUACUACCUCUGUAUGAUCUAACCAUGCUUAACUCAGCAGUGUGUUCUGUACAACAUCAGAUCACUUUAACUCAGCAGUGAGUUCUGUACAACAUCAGAUCACUUUAAGGUAGCUCACAUUCAAGAACAUGUACUACCUCUGUAUGAUCUAACCAUGCUUAACUCAGCAGUGAGUUCUGUACAACAUCAGAUCACUUUAACUCAGCAGUGAGUUCUGUACAACAUCCGAUCACUUUAAAGUAGCUCACAUUCAAGAACAUGUACUACCUGCAUGAUCUAACCAUGUUUCUCUUCUGUCCAGCUUAGUGACGCAAAUGAUAGAAUUUAUACAGCUCAGUCGAACUGAAGAUGACUCCGCUGGAAACGAUACUGCAGACGACGUAUUUUCACCAUUCUUUAUUUGGGUCGUGCGUGAUUUCAGUUUGAGCCUCAAGAUUGAGCAACGACCGUGCACAGCGGAUGAAUACUUAGAGCAUGCGUUGAAAGACAAGCCUGGCGCACGGAACCUACAAAGAAAUGAAGUGAGAAAAAAGAUUCGGGAAUUUUUCCCGACCAGAAAAUGUUUCACUUUGAAAAGGUGUGUAUUUGUUUCCUAGCCAUGUUUCCUGAAGGUGGACAAACCUGGAAACAUUGUUUCCUAGCCAUGUUUCCUGAAGGUGGACAAACCAGGAAACAUUAUAUUAUUAUUAUUAAAGUUUGCACAAUUGCCUUAAAUAAACUGAUUAAUAUUGUGGCGUAUAUAAUUGCUUUAGGCCUGUCGUAGACGAAGAAAAAUUGAAUAAUUUGGACGAGUUACCGGAAGAUGAAUUUCGUCCCGCAUUCCUUGAAGAGGUUCAUCGUUUUAUAAAAUGCGCGCUUGGUUCCUCGCCUGUCAAAGUCGUCAAUCAGGUCGAAAUCACUGGACAUCGUAAGUAUUCGUCGGAUCUGUCUCUUAAUUCAUAAACACUGAUGAAAACGCGGUCAGCCGCUUGCCUUGGUUUAUCCUCACUGAUAUUUUGCAAUUGGUUUAUUUUGCAGACUUUAAUUACCUUGCGGAGAGCUAUGUCAGCUCACUGAAUAAUGGCAGCACGCCAAGCAUACCUAGUAUUAUCAACCACAUCGUUGAAGCUGAAUUUAUCCGUGAAAAAGAGAGUAUAACUCAUAAUUAUAGAAAGAAAAUGAACGAGAGAUUGAUUAAGCCAAUGUCUGUUGAAGAGCUGGACAAUUUUAGCGCGGAGUUGAGAAGCGAAGCCAUGAAAAGAUUUAAAAGACAUAAAGUUUUGCAAAAAGCCUCAAAUACAAAUGAAAUGGAACAAAAAUUAACAGUGAGUAACGUUUAUCUAUGUUCCUGUAUUUUUCCUGGUUUGUCCACCUUCAAGAAACGUGGCUAAGAAACAAUGUCUUCUGGUUUGUUCACCUUUAGUAAACAUGGCUAGGAAACAAUGUUUCCUGGUUUGUCCACCUUCAGGAAACAUGGCUAGGAAACAAUGUUUCCUGGUUUGUCCACCUUCGGGAAACAUGACUAGGAAACAAUGUUUCCUGGUUUGCUCACCUUCAGGAAACAUGGCUAGGAAACAAUGUUUCCUGGUUUGUCCACCUUCAGGAAACAUGGCUAGGAAACAAUGUUUCCUGGUUUGUCCACCUUCGGGAAACAUGACUAGGAAACAAUGUUUCCUGGUUUGUUCACCUUCAGGAAACAUGGCUAAGAAACAAUGUUUCCUGGUUUGUCCACCUUCAGGAAACAUGGCUAGGAAACAAUGUUUCCUGGUUUGUUCACCUUCAGGAAACAUGGCUAGGAAACAAUGUUUCCUGGUUUGUCCACCUUCAGGAAACAUGGCUAGGAAACAAUGUUUCCUGAUUUGUCCACCUUCAGGAAAUAUGGCUAGGAAACAAUGUUUCCUGGUUUGCCCACCUUCAGGAAACAUGGCUAGGAAACAAUGUUUUUCCUGGUUUGUUCACCUUCAGGAAACAUGGCUAGGAAACAGUGUUUCCUGGUUUGCCCACCUUCAGGAAACAUGGCUAGGAAACAAUGUUUUUCCUGGUUUAUCCACCUUCAGGAAACAUGGCUAGGAAACAGUGUUUCCUGGUUUGUUCACCGUCAGGAAAUAUGGCUAGGAAACAAUGUUUCGUGGUUUGUCCAAGGCUUUAAAUUAAUACGUUGCUUAAAUCUUUCAGGACACGUUAUGGGAACUACAAGUACACUACGAACGCGAAAACAAACGCAUCUCAAAAGAAUUUUGUUCGGAUCUUAUAAAAGAGCUUUACGCCACAAUAAAUAGAAGAUUAAACAACGAGGAAUACAACAUGUACGGCGGGUAUAAAGCAUUUCUUCGUGAUUUAGUUCGCUUAGAGAAAGCUUACCAAAGCACACCGAACAAAGGGCCUAUGAGCGACCAAGUUUUGGGCGAAUUUGUGAUCUCAUUAGAAGGAGUUAAAAUGCUAAUUAGAAGCGGAGUUGAGAUCAUUAACAUGGAACUAGAACGUCGAUUAUCUCAACAGCAAGGCAGUUACACAGUACUUCUUCCCUGGCUCAAAGAUUCGUUAGUUGGCUCGGUUAGUCAAUUUACUACACUGUGUGAACAUGCAGUUAAAUCAAUGAGCACACCUACAACUACGGCGGCUUUAACAAUAGUAUCAAAUAACACACCCAAGAAAUCUCCAUCCAAAAAUGACUAAGUAAUCAUUGUUUUCGAUUUAUUUAUUUUUUACUACUAGCUUAGUUAUUGUUGGAGUAGAAAUGAGUUCCUUUUAUAGUUACUGGACAAUAAACUAUAGAAAAAUUAUUAAUAAAUUAAAUAAUAUAUAUAAGAUAAUAUAAAUUCUGAAACACUGGAUAAGUUAGAACAGUACUGAAAUUCUUCUUCUAUAGGAAUAAUAUAGAUAGGUACUACAAUUUAUCACAUGACAAACACUAUUAUGUGUCGUAAAUAUUAGUGUGUAUAUAUUAAGGAUUAUUUAAGAAUAUACUAUAUAUAUUUUUA